CUUCUUUCGCCAAGAACAUCCAACAUUGGAAGAAUGCAGAAAUUGCAAGAUUCCGAAGAGAAAAUGGAUGGAAAGCAACCAAAGAUAAAAAAUAAUACAAAUAAAAAUAGUCCACGUAAAAAAUCGACAAAGAAAAAUGAAGAAUUGGCAUCAGUGGAAAAGAAGCAAACGUCAGACCAACCCACGAUGGGUUUAGGUGCUGGUUUGAUGGAAAAGGUUAAGGAGAUUGUUCAAAAGUCUGAUUUAUUGGGCUCUUUAAAGUCAAAUAGUAAGAAAAAUCCCGCGCCCAAAAAGCAAUUGGAUAAGCCUUCCGGCAGAAAGCCUGAUUCGAAAAAGAAAGUAUCAUUAUCGCCCAAGACCUAUCCUUCCGAUGAGAAAAAAGGACGCGUGCAAGAAAAACCGCAAGAAAAACUAAAGGGAAAAGAAAACAAAAUAUCAAGGUCUAAAAAACAAAAGGAGAAGAGUCCAAAACCAAAAACACCGUCUACAACGAUAGAGGAAAAUGCUUUCAUGAAACCUAAAAAGUCGAAGAAACAGAAGUCAAAGAAAAAAAAUAAUGAUAAAGAACCAAUUACUGAGAAAAGUGAGGGCAAGGAGCUUCAAGGACCAACUCCAACGAAGAAAAGCGGUAAGGCCCCGAAACGAAAACAAGUCUACGAAAAGUAUUAUACCCGUCAAGAAGUAAAUGAAGGCUUGAAGUCAGGAAAAUUAUUUAAAGGAACCUUACGCAUUCUUGACAACCAUCGAAGCGCAUUCGUUUGUAUGGAAAAUCGACCCGACUUUUACAUUGAUAGUCCUAUUACUCGCAACCGUGCUCUGCACAACGAUAUAGUUGUUGUUGAACCAAUUGAAGAUAAAGAUAAAAAGAAUAGUAGCAACGAUGAUGAACAUAACGGAAGCUCGAACGAUGAUCAGUCUAUGGCAAACGAAGACGGCGAUCUUUCCGAAACUGAACAACAACUUGAAGCGUUGGAGUUAAAUGAAGAGCCUGUACCAAAGGUUGAUAAUCCCAGGUGUCGUGCCAAAGUUGUUUCAAUUGAAAAACGAAGUCCAGUAAACAAGAUCGUGGGUAUUAUCCGUCCUCCUGGAUGGUCGAUUUCAAAUCACGAGAAUGUUUCCACCAAGAGCGAUUAUGCCAUUUUUGUACCUAAAGACAAGCGAAUGCCAUUUAUUACUAUCCACAAAAAUGAUUUGGGUGUUCUAAAAGUUCACGACUGGAUCGAAAGCAUUUUACAGCAUCACUCAAAGUUAUUUGCCGCUGAGAUUUCAAGAUGGGGUACUUAUUCACGGUAUCCGAUGGGAGUCCUGAAAGAAGAGUUAGGCUCUGUAACGAAUGUAGAAGACUAUACAAACGCGUUGCUCUUAGAAAAUGGAAUUUCAAGUGAGCCUUUUAGCCGCGAGGUAUUAGAAUGUUUGCCAGCUGAGGAUUGGAGAAUUACAGAGAAGGAAUUGGCAAAGCGACGAGAUUUCCGAAAUGACAUCGUCAUAACCAUAGAUCCUGAUACAGCCAAAGAUUUGGAUGAUGCUGUCUCUUGUAAAGAUUUAGGUAAUGGGACUUAUGAAGUUGGUGUCCAUAUUGCUGAUGUAGGUCACUUUAUGAAGCCAGAUACUCCUCUUGAUACGGAGGCGGCUUCUCGUGCCACGACCGUCUAUCUUGUGCAGAAAGCCAUUCCCAUGUUACCCUCAUUACUAUGUGAGCGUUUAUGUUCGUUGAAUCCCCAAGUGGAGCGACUUGCGUUUAGUGUUACCUGGAAAAUGAACAAAGAAGGUAAAGAAGUCGGCAAGCGCUGGUUUGGUAAAAGUGUUAUUAAGACGUGUGCUCGACUUGCUUACGGCGAGGCACAAAAAAUCAUAGAGGGAAAGUCUUGGGCCGAAGGAGUUGGUAAACCAAUUGCAGGAAAUCAUUCUCCGGAAGAUGUGGAGAAAACAAUACUGGUGCUUUGCGAAAUUUCAAGAAAUUUACGAGCAGAAAGAUUUGCAAAAGGAGCUGUAGAAAUUAACUCUACAGAAUUAAAGUUUCAGUUGGAUGAAUAUGGGCUACCAACAAAGUGUGAAGUUUAUGAACAAAAAGAAGCGAACCACUUGAUUGAAGAGUUUAUGUUAUGUGCGAAUCGAUCGGUCGCUGAAAAAAUAAGCAAUACAUUCCCUGCAAAUGCAUUAUUACGUCGACAUGCAAGUCCCAAAGAAAAGCAAAUUAAUGAAUUUUGCAAAUUUAUGGAGGGAUUGAAUUUUCAUUUUGAUGCUUCCUCUUCCUCGGCCUUCAAUGACUCCAUGAAUCGUUUAAGGAAAUUCUUUAAUCCUGACUUGGUAGAGCUUUUCGAAAACAUGGCUGUACGUUCCCUUAAUCGUGCUGAAUACUUUUGUACGGGUGAUUAUCCUGAGCGCAGCGAUUGGCAUCAUUAUGCACUUUCUUUUAAUCAUUAUACACACUUCACCUCUCCCAUCCGCAGAUAUCCGGAUGUGAUUGUACAUCGUUUGCUGGAAAACUGUUUAAAACAAACGUCACCUAAUCUGCCCAAAAAAGUGUGCUCAAAACACGCGGAGCAUAGCAAUGAACGACGUGAACAAGCAAACAAUGUUCAAGAAGAUAGCCAGAAUUUAUUCUUAUCUGUAUUCAUUUCGGAGUAUUGUAAGAAUUGUGGUGUGUCUUCCAUGCCCGUUACUGCGUUUGCAACGAGAAUACAAGAUCGUUCUAUUGAUGUUUACGUCUCUCAAUAUGGCAUCUCUAGUCGAGUGGAUUUACUAAACGAAGACAAUAUAAAGAGUUAUACGAUAUUACCGGAUGACUCAGCUGUGGUUAUGAAGAAGCAGGAUGACUCAGAGUUUAAAAUUGCUUUAACAGAUAAGUUCCAGGUCCACCUGUAUUCUGAUUACAGUCGCACCUUUUUUAAUGUUCGCUGUUCACUGUUUCCGAAAACGUAAAGCUUGUUUGCAUACAGAAGCGUACUGAGUAAAUGCUUUUCAACAAGUACCUUAAUGAUUUUUGGUUCAUUCAAUUUUUUUUCAGCUUAACGGAUUUGUGAGUUAUUAAAAGUACAAUUUGACAUGUUAAUUUUAAAUGAUGAAAGCGACGUUUUGACGAUUUCCGUUGCAUGUGUUAUGUCCAGUCAUAUAUACGUUUGAUUCACUAUACAUUCCUAAGUAGGAUCUUUUUUCCUUUAUUAUAUUAGUUAUUUAUCUUAAAUAGGACAAAAGUCUCAUUAUUAAAUAUGAAUGAAUAAAUAAAUUUUGAACGUAAG